AUGGCGGCUGCAGGACUAAGAACAGCAAUAGUUGACAUCCACACACACGUCUACCUGCCUCGAUACAUGGAUUUGCUGAGACAACGCAGCACCGUGCCGCGUGCAUUCAAGAAUGAAAAGGGAGAAGAGAGACUAUUGAUUCUGCCGUCUGAGGAUGUGGAUUUGAGCACGAGGUUUGGACGCCCUAUCGGUCCUGAAUACUAUGAUAUCAACGUGAAGCUGGAUUUCAUGAAAAGGCAUGGGAUAUCAAAGUCGAUUAUCAGCAUCGCAAACCCAUGGCUAGACUUCCUCCCGCCCACCACAUCAACCCCGCUCGCAACAUCCCUCAACAACGACCUCCAACACCUCUGCACAUCCAACCCAUCUCUGUACGCAUUCGGCAUCCUACCAACCACUGUUCCCUCCAUGGUAGCUGAAAUACACCGCAUUGCAACCCUGUCGCGUCUCAAGGGCGUUAUUAUAAGUACAUUGGGUGCUGGGAACGGGCUGGAUGAUGAUGCGAUGGAUCCUGUGUGGGGAGCUUUGGAGGAGAAGGGGUUGACUGCGUUUGUGCAUCCGCAUUAUGGGGUUGGAGAUGCAGCGUUUGGAGGCAGGGCGAAUGGACAUGUUAUGGGGUUGGCGCUGGGGUUUCCGUUUGAGACUACAGUUGCGGUUUCGAGGUUGAUUUUGGCUGGAGUGUUUGAUCGGUAUGAGAAGCUAAAAUUGUUGUUGGCUCAUUCUGGAGGUACACUCCCCUUCCUCGCAGGCCGUCUAGACUCUUGUGUCGCUCACGACCCCGUCGUAAAAACGCGCUUAAAACAUCCACCAUCGCGCUACCUACGCAAACUAUACUAUGACGCUGUCGUGUACCAUCCAAGUGGUGUCGCCGCGACGGUGGAUUUUCUUGGUGGAUGUGAGAACAUGAUGUUUGGUACAGAUAAUCCAUUCUUCCCGCCUCUUAACGAGUCGCCGAGUACGACGCGGUGGGAGUCCGUUGACACGAAUUUGAGCGCAAUUAGCAGUGCGUUGGGCGAUGUGAAGGAGCAGGAGAUGGUGCUUGGUGGGAAUGCAAUGAGAAUAUUUGAUCUGGAGUAG